AUGAAUUAUAGCGAGAGCCUCCCAGACUUCUCUGGCCAGAUCGUCGGCAACGGUCGCUUCGAGCUCGUUGAGAUGAUUGGUUCCGGUUCCUACGGAAACGUCUAUCGCGCUCUCGAUGCUCAAUCAGACCCAUGCGAACCUGUAUACUAUGCAAUCAAGUGCUUGCCAAAAACGGAUCUCUCCCCUGAGCGUCUCGUGUGCCAGAGGCGUGAGAUCGCAUUGCACACCUUAGUAUCCAGUUCGUCGCCACAUAUCUGCACUCUUCACGAGAUCAUCGAGGAAGAACUAUACAUCUACUUCGUGCUCGACCACUGCGCGGGUGGGGACCUCUAUACCGCCAUCAUCGAGAAGCGUAUCUACGAGAACAAUGUCCCGCUCAUCAAGAGGGCAUUCAUCGAGCUUCUCGAUGGCGUACACGCCUGUCACCAGUUGGGGGUGUACCACCGUGACCUGAAACCAGAGAAUAUCCUCUGCCUUCAGGGCGGGUUGGACAUUCGUAUUGCAGAUUUCGGGCUGGCGACCAAAAGUCGUCUCAGUCAGGAAUUCGGCGUAGGCAGUUCAUAUUACAUGAGUCCUGAAUGCUUUAGCCGUGAGAUGAAGUACCCUCAUUACUCACCGCUUCACACGGACAUCUGGUCGUUGGGAGUUAUUCUUGUGAACAUGGUCUCGUGUCGCAAUCCUUGGCGACUCGCGACACCCUCGGACGAGGGCUUCCUCGGAUAUCUGUACAACGUGGACUUCCUCCGCGAGAUCCUUCCCAUCUCGAGACCUUUCAACGAAAUCCUCAAGCGCAUCUUUCGCCUCCAACCACUUGCGCGAAUCAGCCUUCCUGAGCUCAGAGAAGAGAUCCUCAAACUUGAUACCUUCUACAUGAGUGACGUCGAGCUCCGCGACGCCUCGGAGAACGCGCGAGAAGCUGCUCAAGACUACAAUCGUCGCGCCGCACCGUUGACUGAUUUGAUCUUCCAUCAAGUCGCGGCCGACACAACGCUCGUCAACUGCUCAUCCAAGACAUCCGACUUCUACUCAGACGGCGGUCCACCAUAUCCUAAUGAGCUACCGCCUGCAAGCGUCAACAGAACACCCUCACCACUCCAUAUUCAAACCCUUGAGUCACAAGACGGUCGACUUUACGAGUCACGGGAAAGCCUAUCGGGCUGUUCUAUGCGUUCGAUUUCUUCAGGGGUAGAGAGCGAGGGACCCAUUACUCCGGAAACGCAUGCCCACGAGCCUGCUAUUGACGUGGCAGACUUGUCCGAGGGGCAGACACUUGAUGAACCAAUGGUUGCUUGCAUACCUGCUCAAAUGAGGCCAAAGCAACCCCGCCGGUUCUCAUUCCGCAAUGUAGUUUCACGGUUUAGUAAGAUCUUCUGA